UGCUCUUGACAUUGUCAACAGCUAGGAAGAUUAAGUUUGUCAAGGCUAGGAAAAUUAUUUUAGUAUAUAUAUAACCAUCACAUUAAGGUUGCAUUGUACGAUUCACCCAUUGAACUUUUCUUCUAACCAUAUAUAGCUUAGCUAGUUCAUCUUUCAAAUUAUUCAACUUCUCUUUUGCAGAAUAUAUUUGUUGCUUGCCUCAUUUUAUUCCUUGCACUUCCUUCAAGUCAUACCUUGAAAGAUUCAACAAUUAUGGGGAACAUCAACAAUAAAAGUUUAAAUCAGGAUGAUGACAAUGUGUCCCCCUCAAUUGAUACUCCCUUUAAGUUUCCUUCUCCAUUGCCUACUUGGCCUUCAGGUCAAGGCUUUGCUAGUGGAGUCAUUGAUCUUGGAGGAUUAGAAGUGUCUCAAAUAUCAUCAUUUACUAAAGUAUGGGCUAGCCAUGAAGGUGGACCUGAUGAUCUUGGAGCUACAUUCUUUGAACCAUCAAAUUUACCUAAUGGAUUCUUUAUGCUUGGAUCCUAUAGCCAACGUAACAAUUUGCCCCUCUUCGGGUUCCUUCUUGUUGGGAAAGAUUUAUCUGGAGAUGCUCUCAAAGUGCCAAUCGACUACACACUUGUAUGGACUAGUGAGAACUUGAAUAUCAAACAAGAUGGUGUUGGCUAUAUCUGGCUGCCAAUUCCUCCUGAGGGCUAUAAAUCUGUAGGUCACGUUGUGACAACGUCGCCUCAGAAGCCUUCUCUUGACAAAAUUCGUUGUGUUCGUGCUGAUUUAACCGAUGUAUCGGAAAGUGAUGAUUGGAUUUGGAGACAUGAUGAAUUUAGUGUGUACUCAACAAGACCAAAAGACAGAGGAAUCAAGAAUUUUGGAGUGUUUACUGGUGCUUUUGUGGCUUUAAAUAAUGGAGCUGCAGCAAAUUCAUUAGCAUGUUUGAAAAAUGUCAAAGAAAAUUCAUCUGCUAUGCCAAAUUUAAGCCAAGUUCAAGCACUAUUUCAAGCCUAUUCUCCUUUGUUUUACUUCCAUCCUAAUGAAGAAUAUUACCCUUCUUCUGUCAAUUGGUACUUCCAGAACGGCGUGUUAUUGUAUACCAAAGGGCAAGAAUCUGCACCAGUUGCUGUUCAGCCAGAUGGUGCGAAUCUCCCUCAAGGCGGUUCAAAUGAUGGUGCGUAUUGGUUGGACUUACCGACUGACAAUUCAGCAAAAGAUCGCGUCAAGAAUGGAGAUAUUCAAUCUGCGACUUCAUACUUACACAUUAAACCAGUGUUUGGCGCGACACAUACUGAUAUCGCUCUAUGGCUAUUUUACCCCUUUAACGGCCCUGCUAGAGCAAAAAUCGAAUUCAUUAACAUAAAGUUAGGAAAAAUUGGACAACAUGUUGGCGAUUGGGAGCACGUAACCUUAAGGAUAAGUAACUUCAAUGGGGAGUUACAAGGUGUGUACUUCUCUCAACACAGUGGGGGAGAUUGGAUGAGUGCACCUCAGCUUGAAUUUGAAAAUGGUAACAAGCCCGUGGCCUAUUCGUCGUACCAUGGUCACGCUUCUUACGCGAAAUCAGGGCAAAAUCUGCAGGGGAGUGGUAACAUAGGCAUAAGAAAUGACACAGCAAAGGGGCAAGUGAUGGACACUGGAGCAAAUUAUGCAGUGGUUGCUGGUGAUUAUUUGAAAAUUGUUGAGCCAGCAUGGUUGAACUAUGCUAGAGAAUGGGGUCCAAAAAUAAGCUAUGAUAUUGCAAAUGAGCUCAAUAAAAUUGAGAGAUUAUUGCCUGGAAAAUUAAAGAGGGCUAUUGAGAAACUUGUGAAAAGUCUACCAAGUGAGGUUUUGGGUGAGGAAGGACCUACUGGACCUAAGUUUAAGGAUAUGUGGAAUGGUGAUGAAAGGGGUUAAACAUGGUACAUUCAGGGUGAUUAAAAUAGUGUUUGCUUUAUUUUAUAUUUAUCCACGGUUCAUCUGAAUGAUUGUAUAAUCAAAUAGUCUUUUCACGAUUGUAUCUUAUGUUUGUCAUUUUAAUUGUGAUCUCUUUGUCGUUAGAAA